UGAACUGUACGUGCAAAGAUGGCAGCUCAAGUCGACUUGCUCCGUGCGAAAGUAGGAGAAGAAAGGGUUAGGGACAGUUUGGAUAGGUUCAUAAAAGAGAAGAAAAAGAAGAGACCCUUGUCACCGCCCGCGGACAAACGGGAGAAAGAGGUGAAGAAAGUCAAGCUUCAUCACCAUCAUCACCACAGACCACACGCUGAGCACCGGACGCACAAGACGCACAAGCUGCAGACGAACACCGCUCCAGCCGCUCCUGCUCCUGCUCCUGCUCCUGUCCACCGCCACUUCAGCGACAAACAUGCUCUGCACCACCACUCCCACAACCACAACCACGGACACAACCAGGGCAGCGGCACCAAGAAGAGCCCGCAGCCCGCUCCGCCUCCCUGCGUCGCCGCUGCGCCUCAGAAGAACACCUCCACAGAGCAGGUGCCCCAGAAGCGCCCCGUGCUCCCAGAAACACCCGCGCUCUUCACGGUCGCACCGCUCAACGUGGUCAAGGCCAAGGACGCACAGUUUAAGGAGAAGCACCGGGAGAAGAAGGGAGAGGAAACCAAACUCAAAGUGAAGAAGGAAAAUACAGAGAGGAACGUAAAGAUCCCCGAAGUCAAGAAAAAGAAAGAGCCAAAACCCCACGAUGAGAACCUUAAGUCUGAAACACUGGAGGAGUACUUGCUUAAGAAGAAAAAGAAGAAGAAGAAACACCGCGAGGAGGAGCGCAGCGUUAAAAAAGUCCGAUACCUCCUGAACAAAGAAGUGCAGACGGACCUCAAACUGUGCAGAACUCAAGACCGUCCCAUGAAGAGAGGAGGGCGGACCACUGAAAGCCAUAUCCCAUAUCUACACGCGCUCAAACUGGGUCACACAAACUUUAUCUCCCAUCACGAGCACUAUAUCCGCAGCUCCUGUCUCCAGACCACUUCCAGGUUUGGACGCUUUCUCCAUGAGGAGAAGCAGCCCAACGGAGGGGGUUAUGUCCUGCAUGCGUACGCCGACGAACUGGCCUGUCUGAGUGCGGAGGAUUUGGAGGUAUUCGCUCAGGAGUACCUAGACUUGGCCUUCGCAGAGCACCCAAAAGGAGCGUCGAAAUAUGCCCUGUCUGUGAUCCACGGUGCGGCAAAUUAUCUGCCCGACUUCCUGGACUAUUUUGCUUUUAACUUUCCCAACACGCCGGUCAAGAUGGAGAUUCUGGGCAAGAAAGACAUAGAGACCACCACUAUCGCCAACUUUCACUCUCAGGUGAGCCGUACGUACUGUGCUGGGACGUACCGCGCUGGACCCAUGAGACAGAUCAGUCUGGUGGGAGCCGUGGACGAGGAGGUUGGAGACUUCUUCCCAGAAUUCCUUGACAUGCUCGAAGAGUCACCCUUUUUAAAGAUGACGCUGCCCUGGGGGACCCUCUCUAGUCUGAAGCUGGACUGCAGGACUCAGAGCGACGAUGGGCCGAUCCUAUGGGUCCGACCUGGGGAACAGAUGGUGCCCACUGCAGACAUGCCCAAGUCUCCUUUCAAAAGACGCAGGUCAAUGAAUGAGAUUAAGAACCUGCACUACCUGCCCAGGACCAGUGAGCCCAGAGAGAUGCUGUUUGAGGACAGGACCAAAGCUCACGCCGACCACGUGGGACAGAGCUUUGACUGGCAGAGCACGGCGGCUGUAGGUGUGCUCAAAGCCGUGCACUUCGGAGAGCAUAACCCACAGCCGCGAAUCACCAAAGACGUGGUGUGUUUUGCUGCUGGAGACUUCAGUGAUGUUGUCCACAGAUUACAGCUGGAUAUCUAUGAGCCCCCUGUGUCUCAGUGCGUUCAGUGGGUGGACGAUGCCAAGCUGAACCAGUUACGACGGGAGGGCAUCCGGUACAUUCGGGUGCAGCUGUGUGACGACGACGUCUACUUCAUCCCCAGAAACGUCAUCCACCAGUUUAAGACGGUGUCCGCGGUCUGCAGCCUGGCCUGGCACAUUCGCCUGAAACAGUACCAACCCGAAGACCCCCGCCCUAAUGACCCCACCCUCAACAGUGACCCCACCCUGACCCAAGAUGCCCACCCAAGGGAUCCCACCCAAACCGCAGCUCAUGUUUCUGUCCCCUCCCCUACACGACCGGACGCUACUGUGACCCCCUGUGCUCGACCACAGGGGGGCAGUGUGCAGGGCGGUAUGGCCAACACUAGAGACACAGAGUUUCAGAGACCGGCCACGCCGCCUCAGGAGCCUCAGCCCGCCCCCCCUCAGCCCACCAAGUCUGCGUACGCUCCCCCACUGCUCCCCCUAGUGGCCCCGGAGCAGUCUGCAUGCACUCCUGUGAAUCAGCCUGCACUUCCAAAAGCUCUGGAGCGCAGCACAGAGCUCUCACAAUGAACUGUUUCUGUGGUGCUCAAACUAUUAUUUUUGAACAGUUUUGGUUAAAUUUGGAUGAUAAAGCGUUUUACUUUGUUCAUAAGAAGCAUUGAACUGGAGAUAUUGCUUUAAAGUAGGGUGUAUUUAUUUAAAUUAAUUUUUUAUUAUGAAAAUCAUUUUAUCAUUUUAUACUUUUAUAAAUGAAAAUGUUGGCCAUAUUUAUUUAGUAUUUGAGCCUUUUAAGUUUGCAAUUUGCAAAUGCAUAUUCUUAUAUUUUUAAAGCUAUUAUCUGUAAUUAGACUGGCUGACCUGACCCUGUUGCAUUCUCACACACCACCACUAGAUGCUGUCCAUGUUACUGCUGACACUGUGCCAGCUUUGGCCUGACAGAAGAGCAGAAAGCACAGGUGAGGCUGAACAAAGGCCAGGUGAGGGACGACGGGGCAGGUUUCACA